AUGGACAACUUCGUCAAUAAACCUCUGGAAUGUGCUCGUUGCAUUCUGCAAACUGAAGCUCAUAAACAGAAACUCAAAACUUCCAAAAGAAGUGGUAACGCCAGUUUUUGGAAUGUCAUCAAGGUUCAUUGGAAUUUGAUGAUAAGCCCGGAUGAGGUCAACCUUGGAAAAAAUAGUACAACUCUAUGGUUUCACAGAGAUAUAACUCGGCAGAAAGCAGAAGACAUCUUAAAAGAAAACGUUGAUGGUUCGUUUUUGAUACGAAAAAGUGUAACAAACAUUGGAGAAUAUUCUUUAAGUGUGCAUCAUCAAUCACAAAUGUUCCAUUACCAAAUACAGUUUAAAGAUAACAAGAUUUCAUUGGAUACUAAGAUUUAUUUUAAAGAUUUAUAUAAAUUAAUUGAGUAUUAUACCCACACUUUACAUUUGAACAUUUGUCUCUCUCAUCCUGUUUGUGACACUAAUUCUUUAAGAUCAAAUUUGAAAGACCUUGGCUACAUACUGAAUCCUGCUGCAAUUGAGUUGAAGGAGCUUCUUGGCAAAGGAGAGUUUAGUGAAGUGUAUGAAGCCUGUUACAAAUCAAAUCCAGUUGCUGUGAAACAAUUAGUAAAAAUGGAAUUUACUGACAAGGUUCUUCAAGAAGCUAAUAUAAUGAUUACAUUGAAUCACCGAAACAUAUUAAAGCUACAUGGUGUCGUGCUUGACAAGGAUGUUUACCUGGUUCUGGAACAUAUGGAUGAAGGAAACCUCAUGAUGUACCUACGGUCUCGAGGUAGGGAUAGCAUCACUGAGGAAUGGCAAUUGAAUUCAUCAUUUGAUAUUUGUGUAGGAAUGGAAUAUCUGGAAAGUAAGUGUUUAGUCCAUUGUGAUCUUGCUGCUCGGAAUAUUCUUUUGAGUAAAUGUGGCAAACUAACGAUAUCUGAUUUUGGUUUAUCCAAACACACUGGUACAAAAGAUAAAAGGGAUAAGUUUCCGAUGAGAUGGACUGCACCAGAAGCUAUUAUUGACAGAGUUUUCACCUGUAAAUGUGAUGUUUGGAGUUUUGGUGUGUUGCUGUGGGAAAUCUUUUCAUUUGGCAAGACACCUUACCCAGGUGUUCCUGCAUCCAACAUUAGAGACUUUAUUGAAGAGGGUAACAGAAUGAACAUACCUGAUGAGUGUCCCAGCAGGCUACAAUCAAUCAUCCAGUUGACUUGGGAGCUGAAUCCAGCUAACAGACCAACUUUUAAAAAACUGCUUGAAUUAAUGACUCCUUUAUUUGGUAGCCUUGUUUAAAAGUAACACUUAAGCAGGAUUUCUGAACAAUGAAUCUUUUAUACUAAUUCAUACAUUUCUAUUUUAUGCUAAUCAUUCACUUUCAUUAUCUGACCAACGAGAAAAAUACACAUAUCAAUUCCUUGUUAAGAAACAAGAUUAAGCAACAAACUGCUUAUAUAUACUACUCAGAAAGAAAAUGUUGCUCUGGAACAAAACUAUCAAAUAAAUAGUUUAUUUUUUCUA